AUGGCCUAGGAAUUUCCAUAAGCCACCAGAGCAGCUAAAUGAAUGAAUGAAUAUAUGAAUGAAUGAAUAAAUAAAUAAAAUAGAGAGGGAAGUUUGAGGAAAGGAAAGGGAGGCUAGCCUAGAAUCCCACUAUAUACCAGUGCUUUCUGUGUGCUAGGAAAUUUCCAGAUAUGUUUUAAAAUUUGACUUUAUACUAUAAAGUUACCACAACAUUGUAAAUGAAAUGUACUUCAAUAAAACUUUUAAAAAUGAAAAGAAAAAGAAGUCUCUUCUCUCUUGUUACAGAUGUAGAGACUGAGGCUCACAGAGAUUAAAUGAUUCAUCAGUUUUCAGAAUUAGUGGUGGCUGAGCUAGGGGUCUGUAUCUCAAUUCAUCUGCUGCUGAAGGUGGUCUGAAUCAGCAGACUAGGGCUCAUGGGUAUGAUCCAACUCACGGUCAUGUUGUUUUCUUUUGCUUGGUCAGCAAUGGGAUAUGCUCUCCUGGGUUAGCUGUUUUUACUCUCUUAUACCCUGUACCUUGUCAUUCAUGUAUAUAUAUAUAUAUGUGUAUAUGUGUGUGUGUGUAUAAAACACACACACAUACACACACACACAUAUAUAAUACACUUAUUUUCUAUCCCUCUCCCUGGUAGUACUUAGAGCUUAUGAUCUCUCUCCCUGGUGUAAUGGAGUGAUUGUGGACUUUGGCACCAGAUGAGUUAAGCGUUUUAGUUUGGGCCUAGCCAAUCACUAAGAGUGUGCGUGCUUAGGACAAGCUUAAGUCCAAUUCCACCACACACGUGGGAAUAGUCAAACCUAGGUCAUAGAGCUAUUGUAAAGAUAAGAAGGAAACACACAUAAAGUGUCUGGUAUUUGGUGUCUAGUGCCCUCUAUGAUCCCCUCCCAUCCUGAUCACUAUCAGUUGUGAUCCCUUUGAAAUAUGUCCACAUGUUCUGUUGGCUUCAAAGACUAUCUUGAGAGGUUUUGGUUGAGGCUGUGGUCUCAACUGCUGCUGUAAGAAUAUUGCACUAGACUUCUUCCUACCUCCAUGUCUACUGAGGAGUGAAGCUAGAAGAUACCAACUCUUGAAGAGAAGGUGGGACCUGCCUUCAUAUUUAUGUGUGAUGAUUUAUAAUAGAAAUAUUCAAUAAUCACCUUCAUAAUGCUUGGUCUCUUAACUAUGUCACAGAUAUAAGAAAGGGUCAUAAUGCAGAGAAGUGGGAAGAUGGGUGAAAAGAUUUCCUAGGAGUUGGCUGUUGCUGUGUUAAAAGCCUUUACUCCCCUUCCCCUUUGCGUCAGCCUAGUGGGAAUGGUCUUCCCUGUGGCCUUGGGGAAGGUAGAUGUUGUGAUAGAUGUCAAGUGGGAAGGGGGGCUCUGUUUACCUGGGUCUGAUUUUCAGGCAGGAAAUUUAGGAGACAAAAGUUUGAUGGAGUGCUUUGGUGGCAGAACCAGGAGAGUGUUGGUAGAAUCUCAUUCAUCUUGUUCCUCAGUCUCAUCUGACAAAGGUACGUGGACAUUUCCAAUGGAGUGCAUUGGGCCACGUGGGGAGCUUGUAGCAGAUGCCUCCAGCGCUUCAUAUAUAUCCCGUAGGCCCUUCUACAUCAGUGUGCUCCUACUGACAUCACAUUUCUAGUGACUACAGGGCUUUAGGGUUUUUCUAGAAUGGAAGAGGGCUGCUCUGCCUGGGGGUGAAGUCGACCAGAAGUGCCAGAGAAUUAACUCCUCCUUGGAGCAGUCCUACAAGAUUAACCUGAAAUGUGAAACUGAGGUGUGUUUGUACACACACAAAUACCACAGUUCCCAUGUUUCUAAGCUGGGCUAAUUCUGAGGCAUGUGUCUGAUACUCUUUCCCAAAACAUCCCUGUGGGACAGCAGCAGCUGGCUUUGUGUGGUGCCCUUCACUGGAUGUCUCCUCCUCCCUCAUUACCUGCUGGUGUUCUCUGCAGCUCCCCACCCCCAAACUGCGUGCAUUCGAAUCCUUGUCUCAGGGUCUACUUUCGGAGGAACCCAAAUGAAGACAAGUGGUACUAGAGGAGGUCCAAGGAAGAACAUCAUAGGGAAGGAUUCUGGAACUUGCCAACCAACCAAAUCACAAAAACGGACCCCAUUAUUGGUGGUGAUACGAGAGGUGAUGAUCAUUACUAGCAUGCUAAGCGUCAUAAUUAUAAAUAUUCUCAUCUGUGGUGAAUUGGAGGGAAUAGAAGCUUAUACAGUAUCUCAGCACUUUUUAAAAAUAUGGCAGUGGUAAUUAUGAGGACUGCGGAAAUGGUUAUUGUUAAUUGUCAUAGUGGCACUGAAGGGAAAAUAGUGACAGCCUCAAUUCAACAACCAUCAAAUUAUUCUUAGUGUGAAUCCCAGAAGACCUCUAAUAUAGCAUUUAAAGACACCGUAUUUCUUGUAGCCAGAGGGCAGAUCUAGCUGAAAUUCAGGUUCAGAUCUGAGUAUGGAGGAGGGAGAAUUGCAAAGACUUUAUUCUCAGCCCUGAUAAGUCUCUUCUGCUAAAACUAUAGCCUUGAUAGGGGUGUGGCUCUGAGAAUUGAGAUGGGGAUAUUUGGGGCAGAUGUACUUGAAAACCUUGAAUUUAUAGAUUCUCCUGAACUCCUGGUCCUACAGAAAUGGUUUGCUCCCCAUUGUUGUAGGAUAGAAGAUUUUCUCAUCACCCAGAAAUCAUAAGAGGCAGACUCCUCAUGAGAUGAUGCUUAUUUUCUUCAAGGUUUACCUCUUCCCCCCUCACAGAUUCUAGGACACUAGAAUCAAAACUAGUAGGAUCAAAAUUCAGCUGGAACUCCUGGGAAAAUACUAUCCCUGCUCCUGGAAAAAAGUGAUCAUCUCAAAAGAGGUAUAAGACUUGGCUAAUGUGUCUUUGCAGAAUCAGGAGAACAUACCUGAAAGUGGACUUGGAGGGUACCAGCCCAUCAGUAAGGACCAUAAUCCUGGAUACAGAGGAUUUUUUAAGUGGGGGCAUUCUCCCAUGGCGUUAGCUUUAAUAUCUUGGGGAGGACUGCAGUAGACCUCGAGUUGAUUCUAACAUGCUGCUAGGAUGGUUCCUUGAAUCUUAGAAAAUGAUGGCCUGCAGCAAAUAUGACACAAUUGGUGAAUAAAUACUCAGCUCCCUUGCUCCUCUGGUGGGAGGAUUCAUGGGCAUGUGCUGAAAACUUUUCCCCAGAGUUUUGCUUUAGGAUUAAGCAGAAAAAAGCUGAAAGAAAUAGGUCCCUGGUUGAGGGUGGUGGUGGUGAAGAAAUAGUCACUAGUGAUAACUGAGAAAAGGGCUGAAUAUAAAUCAGUUGAGGAGAAAAUUUUCCAUACGGAGUCAACCUGGACACCUACCAGGCCCCAGAAGUGUAAAGGCAUCUUGAGACAGGACCAGUCUAAGUCAAAUUUUCCUCUUCUUUUACCAUUUUUCCUUCCCCAUUGCUUUGACUCCAGUGAUUAAAAACAAAACAAAACAAAACACAAACAAACAAACAAAAAAACUAUCCAGCAAUCUAAGGAUGGGUAGUGAAGAAAAAGGAGGAAAAAUACAAGCCAGAGAGAUAGGGAAAAAGCCAAAUAUUACUACUGCGUAUGGCUCUAGGUUUUCAUUUUAAAAUUAGUCCAAGCUGUAAGGAAAGAGAAAAUAUGUGAUUAAUCAGUUUUUGUAAGGGUCUUAUACUAGAUAUUCUAGUUACUAAAUUGACAUUGUAUUUAUUUAAAAGGAUAUAGGAGUGUCUUUUAACUACAAAUGAUCCAAAAAGGCAUGAUAUCUACCAAUUUUUCAUUCACCAGCGGAGAAAAUAUUUCUGGACAAUAUCUAAAGGUCCAGUGAAACAAACCAAAAAAACCCAGUUUCACUUGAUUGCAUCAGGUGUGCCUCUUCAACAUGGCUCUUUUACUGCAUUAUUGCCUUUGUCUACUCCCCUUAUAUUCUGUUACAGUAAUAAAAAGAUAGUUGACAGCAACUGAUGUAGGGAAAAGGUAACUUAGGGUAGAGGAAGAAAUCUAAGCUGUCUCAUGUAUUUUUCUCCUAGUCAGUCAUACUUUAGGGUUGAUAACUCCCAGGCUGCUUUAAAGCCAUAUUCACAUUGCUUCGCUUGUUUUCUUUUUCAAGCAUGAAUGAUAUAUAAACAAUGAAAAAAAAUGUAUAGGCAAUACAAGGUUGAAAACCAUGGGGCCAUUUGGCUUUCUUUGCUGAUUCUCCGAUUAAAUAUAGUAAUGUUUGCUUUGUAAGGAAGAGAGAAAUGGCAGCAAUUGAAAUGACCACCCGCCAUGUAAUAAGUCAUUUACUGUCAUGAGUUCUCUCAGAAUCUUUCAGAUCAUUGAGGAUUGUGCACCUACCAACACAUCCGUGCCCUGAGCCAAGUGUUUCUCUCUUGCUUUGAACUUUUGUGUUACAGAAAACAAAAUCCAAAGCUGUAUUCAAAUCCAGCAAGAUCACUUCCCUUUUCUUUGCAGGAAUUUUCACUGACUUUGGACAGCAACAGUUUUUGUUGGGACUACUUAAUCUCCUCAAAACCCUCUUGAUUGCUCCCUGGACCAGUUUCUUUUUUAAUUUGUUACAGAUUGAUUUACUAGAGAAUCCUCACUCUGUAUCAGAUUCUCUCUUGGUCCAAUUUGAUAACUCAGAGAAAAUAGUAAUUAAAACUGUCAUAAAAUAUGAGUAGGGCUCAAGUUGCCCAUCUCUUCCUUUGAGCCAUUGUUUCUCAACUGUACAGAGGUUGUAUGUUUAGUCAGGGCGAUUUAGCACCCUCAGCCUUAUGACAUUUGGCAAUGUCUAGAGAUAUUUUGAUUGUCAUGACUAGGAAGGAGUAUUACUAAUCUCUCAUGGGAAGAGAUCUGGAGUGCUGCUAAACAGAUGUGUUAGUUUCCUGUUGCUGUGUAACACAGCAUCUUUAAACGACACUUAUGUAUUAUCUCAUAGCUCUGUAAGUCCAAAGUCUGGGGGCUUGGAAGGGGUGCCCAAGCAGUUUCUCUACUUAGAGCCUCACAGGACUGAAAUAAAGGUUUUGUCUAAGGUAGGACCUUACAUGGAAUCUCUGGGGAAGAUUUCAAUUCUAAGAUCAUUCAGGUUGUUGGCAAAAUUUAGCUUCUUGCACUGGAAGACUGAUGUCCCCAUUUCCUUGCUGCUUGUCAGACAGUCUCAGAUCCUAAAAGGCCUCCACAUUACUUUGUUCCUGCUAUCUUCUAAGUCAACAACAGCAAAUUGAAUCCCCCUUGUGCUUUGAAUCUCUGACUUCCCCUUCUGCUACCAGCCAGAGAAAACUCUUUUCUUUCAAAGGGUUCACCUGACUGAAUCAAGCCUAUCUGAAUGAUAUCCCUGUGUUAAGGUCAGCUCUGUGGGAGUUUAAUUACAUAUACAAAAAUCUCUUCAUGGCAGUACGUUGAUUAUUUUUUGAUUGAAUAAUCAGGGACUUAAUCAUGGGGGACCAUCUUUAGAAUUCUGCUUGCCCCAACAGUCUAUAAUGCAUAAGACAGCCUCUCACAACAAAGAAUUAUCUGGUCCUAAAUACCAAUGCUGCCAAAAUUGAGAAACCCUGGUUUUGGCCUGUCUUUUGGUGCAUAGUGGAAAUAUUUUGUUUAUCUUUCUCAUGAAAGGCAGAUUCACAGCCUGGAGCGCUUGAAAGAAGCAUAUGCCAGUGGGUUUCUUAUCAUGAUUCAGAAUUCUCAUUUUCCAGAAGCUGUUGGUCACAAAGAUCUUAAAAUUAUUUGACAUCUACUGGUCCAUCUAUAUGUACCCAUUAACCUGUUCGUUUCACAUCCAUCAGUCUACUUAGUUCACUUUCUUCUGUUCUUUGACACACAUGAUACUUCAUUUAAAAAUAUUAGGAAAGAAAAGGAAUAUUACCAUUCUUUACCUUUGGCUAGAUAACCAAAAUGUGAUCAUGUAUGUAAUUGGGAUGCAAGUUCCUGAUUUCAGAUUUUUCUUUGGUCACUGAUGUACUGAGUACCUAGCACAAUUUGAGAAACAUGGUAAGCACACAAUGAAUAUUCACUGAAUAAAUGAGUUUCCCAGUCAAGGAUAAUAAAGCAAAACGAAUCUUGACUUUCUGCACAAAUACUCAGAUUUAAAUGGGUCUAAGACUGAUUGGAGAAUGCUUUUAUUACAAGGUAUAAAGGGAUGACGCAUAUGUUUAUGCACCUUGGGCUUAAAAAUUCCCUGAUGGGUAUAUAAAGGUAUGUAUGCUCUCCACCUUUCUUAAAGUUAGAGAAGCCACCUUGUAUAAACUCGUACUGUGGAAAAAAAAUCUCUGUAUGACAUCUCUGAUGGCUCUAGUUUGUGUUUGAGCCUUCCAGAUCAUGUCACAAGGAUUGGACACUUUGGAAUAGAAAUCUUCCAAGAUUUUUUUUCCUGAAUACUCUGUAAAAGAAUUUUGGAAAAUAGUAUACCCCUCUGCACAUUUUAAUUUGGUAUCUAGAACUUUUUAAUCAUAGGUUAAUCAUUGCAAAGAAUGUAAUUUCUGGCACAGUCCAUAUCAUGUAUCUACUUUAAAUAUGUUUUGUCAGAAUAUCCAGAUUGAUAGAUUUAGUUCAUUCCGUUUGUAUAUGUCUUCCAUGUUAUCUAUCAGAAAAAUGCAGUUCAAAUUCUCAAUUCAAAUAGACAAAUCAGGCUUACUUUGUGUGUGACAGAUCUGAAUUCAUUUUUCAGUUUAAACUGGACUACUUGUAUCCCUGUGACAAUUAUUUCAUUUCUAAAAUCUAAUUCUAAGGUAAAUUGAUAUACAGAUAGAGACAGUCUUAAAGUGAGUGAAAUAAGGCACUGUCCCAUCAAUAUUUCGUACAGAUGAUCUUUUUGCUUUGGUGUCACUUCCUCAAGAGUCAUACACCCAUAAAGUAUUCUUUUGUUGCUUCUCAAAAGGUUUUUACACCCUGAGUAAUGCAUGCUGGUAAGACUGAAGAUUGGUGAAUAUAGGUUUUUCCCCUGUAAAGCAAGAGAAAUACAGGAGAGUUGAUAAAGGGUAAGUUAUAACCUCAGAUAGAUAUAUUUGGGGAAAAGUACACAUAGUGGUUGAGGAUUUGGGAAAUGAAUCCUUUAAAACGAUUCAUACCCAAAUACCUGUAGAGAAAAUCUUAAUGCCAGGAAUAUAAGUGUCCCAAUUUGAAGACUGCUGUUUUAGAUGAGAACCUGCAGCAUAGUUAGAAAACUCUUUUCAAUAAGGAAAUAGUGAAAUAAAUAUACUUCCUACCAUGUAUCUAUCCCAUUAUAUUUCAGUUUUCUCUUGAGUACUUGAAGCAGGAUCUUCUACUGAUGAUCUAAACAUUUGAAGAUUCUAUGAUUCAUCCCCAUGUCUUCCUAUCUCUAGUAUUCAGAUUCCCAGUUCCUUGAAUUACUCUUUAUCUCUGUUUUCAGUCCCUUCACCCCCUGUAGUUAUUCUCCCAUAAAAAUAUUCAAGGUCACAAAUUUUUUUCCUGAAUUUUGAUGUCCAAAAGAGCAUAAUGCUUCUAUUGCCAGGGUUAAAAUAUUAAUCUUAGUAAUAGCUUUAUAACAUAAACAGCUACCAUUUCCUGAAUGGUUACUAUAUGUUCCAUGCACAACAAUGAUACUAUUUGCAUUUUAUGGAGGAGAGGAAGGAGUCAGAAAAAAAAGUACUAGAUAACUCCAAUAAGGUCAAGAGCUUCAUUCAAUACUUUGUUCACUAAUUAGUUGCUGACUGGGCUGGUAGUUGAUUUAACUGCAACACCUAACAUACAGAGCCUAUCUCUGUAGCAUUGCAUGGACCCAGAGUAGCUGAGAUGUGAUUAGGCAAAAUGUCAGAAUUGCCUGAAGAGCCGCUAGAAGUCCCUGUAAAUCUAAGAGAAACCUGGCGUGUAUCAUGCUGCCCUGUGGUCUAGAAUAACUGUUGGGGUGACCUAGCCCAGUACAAGGGAUUGUGUGGAACGUCUCGUGGACUGCUGCUGUGGGGGAGGGGAGGAUGCUGUUGAUAGAGCUUCCCCUCUCUAGUUUUACUUCUUUUUUGCCCCCAGUCCCACAGUCAGAAGUAGAUUGUGUGUGUGUGUGUGUGUGAGAGAGAGAGAGAGAGAGAGUGAGAGAGAGAGAGAGAGAGAGAGAGAGAGAAAACACUAGUCAUGAAGAGAUUAGCAACUUUAGAAUCACUUUGCUUGGGUUUUAUCCCAGUACUGCACUUACUAUUAAGUGAUGUGGGCAUGGUAUUUAGCUACUUUGAGCUUCAGUUUUCUUACCAGACAUACAGCAGGUAAUCAAUGAUUUUUGUUGAACAAAAACAUUCAUGAAUAAAAAAAUAAAUAAAUGCGUAGUUUGGCAAAGCAGGUUAUGUUGCGGUUUAGCACUGUUAUUGGGAGAGUUUAGUACGGCCUGGUACAUGGUAGGUAUUUUUCAAAUAAUAACAAAAUAGUACUUGUUAUGGUUGUUAUUAUUAUUGAUUUCUUGGAUUGAUGUACCAGGUGCCCAUGUGGCAUUGCUCUCUAAGCUAGGUCAUCAGACUUGAGAGCAAAUGCUCUGUGUCACUGAAUAUUUGUAGUGUGCCUGAGUCCGGAGAGGUUUUCCCAUCACAACGGGAGAUUAAAGGAGUCUCAGGGGCUUUUUGGUCCUCCACUCUUGGAAGUGUGGCCCAAGAAGUGUGGUGGCUAACACAGUGGUAGCUGUUGGCCAGAAGAAGUCUUGCCAUUGUGCCAGGUGUGCCAGAAUCAUCUAGCAACUUGGUGGGAUCAAUUCUUGCAGCCUAAGAAGUGUGCAUGUUUGCUGCCACUGAUAUGGUUGGGCCUUGAAUCAUACUACCCAGUGACAUCUACAUCUAUCUAUUGAGCACAUUCCUUCUCUGGGUAAGAACAAAUUAUAAAGCUAGACUAUUCUUGAAAGAAAAAGGAAAAAAAAAGUGUUCUGGGCUUUUGACCUGAAAAUUGAUGUCUUUAAUCUGCCUAAAUCAUUUCCAGUUAAAUACCAUUGUCUUAUGGAUCACAUUCAUCUGCUGUAGAUUGUAAAUUCUCCAAGGCAAGACCUUGUCUUUUCAUAACUUGUGUAAAAUGGUGCAGACACUUUGAGCACUUGCGGUGUAACAGAUGGUUAUCAUUUAUAACAAAAGAAUAAGAACAAUGGCAGCCUAAUCACAUGCCCUAGAAGUUUGGUGUGCACAAGGAAACCCAUCAUAUACAUAUUGUAAUACCAUUACAGCUAUAAGGUAUGUAUGUUUCUCACUGGCAAAACCUGACAACUCAUUUUUCCAAGUUUAGAAAACAGACUAGUGAGAGUUAAUUCUAAUUAUGUAAAGAUUCUUUGCUUUACAAGACAGUUUUUCUAAAGAGUCUCUUUAAAUAGCCAGAUCUCUUUUUGGAGUAUUCAAAAUUGGAUCUGCUUUACAAAAUGUUGAUUAGACCCAACUUUUCAGGAGCAAAGAAAGUGUGCAAAAAUGGGGCAUUGCAUGUCAAUGGUGAAGUCUUACUUAGUGAUCACAGUGAAAACAAGGCUCACCAUUCUAGUCCUUGAGCCCAUCACAGUUAGAAUGUCCAAAUGUGGCAGGUGACUUUUACAGGGCAUUAAGUGUCCUCAUUCCAGGAGAAAAGCUAAACCAGCAUUGGAGUCAUUGUCUGUCAUUAACUCUGUGACUUUGGCAGCCAAAGGCAUCAGUCCAUGCUCUUAAGUAUUCAUUAUUCAGCAUGUACUGCACUAUCAGCUUAAGUAGAAUUUUUUUUUAAUUGAAAUAAUUAUGAAGAAAAAUGAUGGCUUUUAUUCAAAUAAAUGAAAACAUAAUUUUGGGGGGAAAUAAAGUAUUUCUUCUUCUGUAUCUAAUCAUGGGCAUGGAAAGGAAAAGGAAAAGUUGGAAUAGGACUUGAUAAGAACACAAGCCCAGAAGAAGGGGACCCCCCCAAGUUACAGACAAACAAACUUUUACUCCCCAUGUCAAACCCCUCUUUCUUUUACAAAACUAUCUGCUUGCAAAUACAAGCAGAUAGGUGGGCAUUAGUCAUUGCUUCUUUCUCUCAAUUCUGAGGCAUAGCAGGAAAAAGCAGUGAUGUACCCUGCAGCACUCACUUUAGCCAGUGAGUAUUGUACAGGCACUCGGUUGGACUCCAAGAUAGGAAGAAAACAAAACAGGAAAGGAAGAAGAAAAUGCACAUUUAAUAAGACAUUUGAAUAGCUUCAAAGACCACACACUAGCUCUGAAUCUACUGUUUUCUACAGUUGGAAAAUGAGAGUACUUUAUUUCGAAGUUGGCUACUGUAACCAAAUGCACUAUUCAUAUUUUCCCAAGGAUUUUAAACCAAUAGUUGAUUAGUCUCUGCCCAGAUGUCAGCAGGCUGUUGAGAAAUCUUUCGGGAAGUCCCUAUCCAUUGCACUGAAAAGCUAUUGUUAAUACUACAGAAAGGCACCAGCCACUGUGACAAGGUUUAGGACCACUGAAAGGGUACUGUGUCAAAGACGCAAUGCUCAGAAUUUUCCUAGGGUAGUUUAUUUCUGCACUCCUCUGAGUGAUUUUUGUCUUUUUGCCUUAUAAGCCUUUUGUGUGCUUUUUGUGCUCAUGAGUGUCUAGAUUGUGAAGAUAGAGUAUUUAGUCCAUGGAGUGGGUCUUGGGCCUGGAGAUGAGUGUGUGAGAGAGAGGAGAGGAGGAUCCUGAGUUGGGUGGCCUAAAAACAAGUUGGAGACUCUGAUGAAGAGUUCAUUUGGAUUGUUUGAUGUUAAAUACAUGUUCAGGUUUGUAUUUCAGGUUCUGCCACACUUACAUUCAGAAAUGCCUCUCUCAUGCACGCAGUUUCUGUUCAGAGCCAGGCCAGCAUAUUCAGGAUUGGAGGGGGAGGAGAUCCUUGUCAGCAGAGGGAGAAAAUCUAUUGUGUGCCCUGAGAGGAGACAGAGCUCUAGAGUGUGAAAACGUGUGCUUGGGACCACGUGGGAAAGGGUUGAGGACGAGGGAUCAGGCAGCCAGAGAACUGAAGCUUCAACCCUUUCUCAGAAGUGCUGAAGCCUGGUGCCUUGGCAAAGGAAAAGGGCGCGCGGACACGCGUUCGAGGCGGGGCCGGAGAGGAUCUCCUGGGCACUGCUCGCUCCCUGGCCAGCUAGCUUGCCCACAGUUGCUUCCUCAGUUCUUCGCUCGCGCGCUCAUCCCCUCCCACGCCAGGGAGUAGUUUUGGGUGGCGUGGGCUCCGUCCUUUUCUUGGCUGGUUGGAACCGUGUGCCAAGAGAGGAAGUCUGGUGGGCCCGGCCCCUCCCAGCCCAGCGCCGAUGAGUGCCAGGGCGCCCAAGGAGCUGAGGCUGGCGCUGCCGCCGUGUCUCCUCAACCGGACCUUUGCUUCCCCUAACGCCAGCGGCAGCGGCAACGCGAGUGCCCGGGGACCGGGCGCCGCCGGGGGCGGUGGCGGCACCUGCAUUUCGCAGGUGGGACAGCAGCUCUUCCAGUCCUUCUCCUCCACGCUGGUGCUGAUUGUCCUGGUCACCCUCAUCUUCUGCCUCAUUGUGCUGUCCCUCUCCACCUUCCACAUCCACAAGCGUAGGAUGAAAAAGCGGAAGAUGCAGAGGGCUCAGGAGGAAUAUGAGCGGGAUCACUGCAGCGGCAACCGCGGCGGCAGGGGGCUGCCCCAACCAGCUGGCGGCCAGGCCCCAAUCCACGCAAAAGAAACCCGACUGGAAAGGCAGGCCCGGGACUCUGCCUUCUGCGCCCCCUCCGACGCUUCCUCCUCUUCUUCCCCUGGCCUCCCGUGCCAGGGUGCCUGUGCUCCUCCGCCUCCUCCACCGGCCCCCAGCCCGCAAGGAGCACACACAGCCUCCUCCUGUUUGGACACAGCUGGCGAGGGCCUUUUGCAAACGGUGAUACUGUCCUGAUUGUCUGGCCCCUCUACUCUUCCCUUCCUCGUUUCCAGCAUCUUUGCCUUCCUUGCUUUUUUUCCCCCCCUCCGGCCUUCCUCUUCCACUUUCCUGUGGCCUCCCUCUCCUCUUCUUUCCUUAUUCGUCUUCCCCUACUCCGUUUCUCCUCCGCCGAGGCACUGUGCGGUAUUUGUAAAUAAAUAUUGGGCGAGGAAAGUCUCGGAAGAAGAAAUAACGCUGAUAAUACUACUUUAUUAUUAAUAUUUAUAGUAAUUAUUAUAAUACUAAUAACACGAUCCAAGCGCAUGACAAAUCACAUAAUUUUUCAUUGUUCAUGGUACGUCUUCCCUCUUCACCCUGCGCCCCCCACAAUAAGGAGGAGAAACCGGACAAGCUACCAGAUACGUAAAAGGCAUUGACCCCCAGAGCGAAGGGAGUGGAGGGGGCCCGGUGUGUUGUACAUAGCUGUCAAGUUAAGGUUCAGUUGCCUUUCUUCCCUUCCACCCCCAUAGCUUUCACUUUUCCUUCAGCUUCCCUCCUUCCCCAUUCUUACCUUCAGCUGGGCUCAGGCAAUAGUAUAUUAUAAAGGAAACGUAUACGUUAAGCACCAGGACUACAAGAGGCCACAGAGACAGUCCCAGAAAAAUGUUUAUGGCAGGUACCGCUCUCCACUCAGCCCUCUUCGUACCUUUAGUUAACCAUUCUCUUUUCCAGAGCCAGGCAUUUCAAUUUACCUUUGGAAACGUCCCUCGCUGGCCGAGCAUAUAAGUACAUUAAAAACCUUUAAAUGAGUUGAAAGAAAGAAAAAGAAAGAAAGAAAGAAAGAAAGAAAGAAAGAAGAGAGAAAAAGAAUUUACUGCUUUCUGUUGUUCCCUGCCCUGCCCCCACCUGUACACCUUUGAUUGAGGCACUUUCAGGAUUCGCAAAGGAUCCAUGGAGCUGUCCAGCCAGGUCUGGUGUUGAAAUUGCCUCACAGAACUGGUUACCUUUUUUUGGUUUGUGCAGGCGGAGGAAGGGCUGUUUUGGAAAGUGAUUAUCCUAGCUUUCUGGUGGUUUCUUUCCUCUUUUUCUACAAUCGGGUUUGUGUGUACUAUUAUUUUACUUCUUAUUAAACAUUGCAUAAGUUACCUUUUUUUGUAAAAAAAAAAAAAAAAGUAUUAGGUGAUGUGCAGUGCUGAAAAUGCAGUAUCUAACCAACCAGAAUGUUUCUGUUAAAAUUUUAGAACAAGUGCACCUUUGUUAUAUAUUUAUUAUAUUGGUACCAAAUACAGAAGCAAACUAUAGUUCUGUACUAUGUCCUCCAAACUGUAUAUUCUUGUUCUUAAUUUCCAGCUGUUGAUAUAAUGGUAACCACUGGAUGAGGAAUUCAGUGGUGCAGGCCCGGCUAUUUCCAGAAGUGUUCUUUUGUACCUUACUCUGUAGUAGACUGUUAUAAAAAGAUGAUACAUAUGUUUUCUUAUUUCUUUUGUGGAUAACAGAAACAACCACAACAGAAAACAAGCAAAUAAUGGAUGUGCAGGAAUGCCAUCUAUUAAAACAUGGAUAAUAUUUAAACAGUGCCUGUAGUCCUCCCUGCAUGCAGUUACCACCUGGAGGCAGUGGUGUGUGUGCUUGCUUGUACUGUAUGUGUUUGGGGGUAAGAUUGGUGGGGACAUUGGGCAAUUUGGAUGACUGGACAUGCAAAUUUCAAGAGAGGUGUUAAACCCAGUAACCGCUUAUAGGAUAAAAAUGUUUGCAGCUUAUUUCGUUAGAAACCUGUGCCUGUAUCUGAGAUGCAACAAAAGAGGGGCUCUCUUUCUCUUUCUCAGUCUGGCUUGUCUAACUUCAUUAAAUGAAUGCAUGAAGAAAGAUUAAGAAAAAAGGAAGUGAGAAAAAAGAUCAAUAUUGAUGUUUUCUCUCCUAAUGCUAGACAAGGCCAUCGAUGUUAGAGAUGGCUUCCACCUCUGGUUAUUUGCCACUUGGAUUCCCUUGGGUUGAUGAUAGAAGGGGCCAGAAGCAUAUUAUAAUCUUAAUUGUAUGCAGUGGCAUCAUUUUGGGGGAACAAAUUUGGAAAAUGUAUGAUGAGAAUGUUUUACAAAAAUCUCAACCAAAAGAAUCCUUACUAGCCAGCAGGAUGUAAGGUAACAGUGCCCCUAAGUGCAUCCCUCUCCCAAGUAACUAGUAGUUCUAGAUUCUCUGUCUUGGUGGCAUAUGUGCUCUUAUCCAGAGAAAAAAAUUACCUCUAAGGUCUUAGGUUAUCUAUUAAAUUGCCCAAACUCCGUCUGAAUCUUUUAUAAAGAUAAUUUAAUAAGCUAAAUUUUAAUCACCCAUUAGAUACCCACUCAAGACCUUUCCUGAAGCACAGAGGAUCAUCAUCUAAGCAUGCUAUGUUGUAAUAUUAGGAAGACUAGGUGUAAUCUUUGGGUACAAUAUGUUCAACAAUGAACCAGAUUCUCUCCAGUGCCUUAGUCACUUCCUAGUAAUAAGUAAAAGAGUGCAUUAACUCCCUCAGGCCACUAGGGGAUCCUUUCGUGCAUCAGAGCUCUACACUGUACUUCAGAAUGACUAAGGCACUGUGAAGAAGAAAGCCCAUUAAUUUUUGUAGCUCACCCUCAUCUAGCUGUAGCUAUUUAAUACCUUAUUACAGAAUGACUUUGGGACUUGAAAUUUGAAUAGAAUUAGGGACUCAGAAGGGAGCUUCCUCAUUUCCAAUGAGCUCCACUAAGUGUAUGGAUAUUACUUUCUCCCCCUUAUUUGGUGCACUUUUUACAGUGAAUAAUUUCCCAUUUUAUUAAAGCAAUAAGAUGUUCUGUUGUGAGCAGUGCUGGAUGAUGAUUCCAUUUCCUUGGUGCUGAAGCUACUCAUACAUUUUUGCCUUAUGAAUCAUAGUGAAUUCAAGGCAUGCAAUAAUAAUCCCCUUUCAAGGAGCAGCCUGUACACUCUAGGGGGUAAUUAUGAAAUCAGCUUGUAUAAUUUUUCCCCAAAGGGAUAGAGGAAACAGGAUAAAUAAAAACACUACAUAUAUUGUUUUUAAAAGAUCUUGAUACCUCUAAACAUGGGCACACAUCUAUAAUAUGCUCUUAUUGUACACCUUUAAAUAUGUAUGCCUUUCUCCAUUAAUUGGCUAUGGUUUAAUAUUUUUAAUAGUGCUCUGUGUGAAGAUGAUGUGGUUUGUGAGUCAAAUUUCAUACUGAGUUAAUAUGCUGAGAACUCUAUAAGCUUCUGAUGGUGUCACCUGAGAUUUUUUUUUUAUGAGUUAGAGAAUUACAUAAAAUUCUAUUAAUGCCAGUCCCCACACCAAAUUACUGCAAUAAGCACAUAUCCAAGCAAUUUGCACAAACCCUGUUUAAAGUAUUGCUUCUUAUAGAGCUCAACUGACAGUCUCAGGAGUUUGGGAUGCUACCAACAGGGCAUUUUGGAUUUCAUUUUAUAUGAACCAAAAGGCAAUCUGGAAAUAGAUAAAUUUAUUUUAAGGAUUUUAUUCACUGAUGUCCCGUCAAACUAAUUGCUUCAAAUCCCUAUAGCUACAGCUCAACUUCUGCACUUGCUAUUCAGUAUUCAUAAGGUGGCAUGCUUGAUUCUUAUUGUUUUUAAAGAUAAGAAAAUUGGAGCAAGAAUACCAUUAUGUCAACUGUAUGGGAUUCUGAAUCUUCAAGAUAUAGAUGGAUAUAAUCUUCUUUAGACUUUAUAUACACCCAUAGAUAUGUAUUUAUAUAUGCAUACAUUUUGUACAAAUUUACAAUGGACUUUUUGUAUUCUCUUUUCUGUCAUUACAAGAAUGAGAUGGAAACCAAAUAGUUUUUCCAUCCUCUUAUGCAGAGAGGAUCCUGAGAAGUCAGGUAUAUGCAUGCACUUAUUUCUCUGGAGUUAAAUCUGAAUGACUUUCUCUUUAUUUAAUGAAAUGGGAGAGUCCCGUUUGGCUCGGGGGAAUUGGUAAUUAGAUAAGCUUCCUUUCUUAGUGACUUAAAUGUAGCAAUGAUAAUGAAUUUAUGACCAUAUCCUUGUGGCCUGAAUGUGUAGUUGGAAAGCAGAAAUCCCUUGAAGAGAUUUAGGGCCAUCUAGACCACAAACCUGGAUUGUGGCUUGAUUUUUAAUUUUCAAUCUAUGUGUGGUGUGGAGAUAGAACAUAUCUGCAUAGCAAAAGGUAAAAUGAAAAUAGGACCAUCAUCUGUUUAGUUUGAUAAGUAGUUUUGGGAGAAUAUGGAUAAAUUAGCUUUAAAAAACUUUGGCAUCUGACUUUUCAAACGUUUUUUAUCUGUAUCAAUUAAGUCAUUUAGAUAAUGGUUAAAAUUCCAUUUUCCAUCGUGCAGACAUGCUUUAAAUGCUUUUCUGUGGGUGGCAGUUAAGUAAUUGCCAGCUGAUAUUACAUGGAAACUGUAGAUUAAAUGAGAACCUAAAACUUAAUCUGGUCAGGCUCCUCAGGUCCAUUCCCAUGUGAAUCUGGACUUUGAGCCUAAAUCUGAAAAGCCGCUUAUCUGGGCCAUUGUUUUUUAGAACUAGUGAUUGUGGCUCCUAGAUGUUUUAGUUUACAUUAGAAUAAAUUGAGCUAUCUAUAUAGGGUAUUUAGUCUUUGGAUUGAACAUAAAUCUUAUUCUUCUGAUUUGGUUUUUAUUUAUUUUGAUAACAUGAGAAACAUCUGAUGGCUUGAAAUCACUUACUAAUGUCACCAACAUAAUAAUUAAAUUGGUGCCAUGUAAGAAUGCUUAGCUAAGAAUAAGAAUUUAAUUAGCUUUAAUUGGGGACAGUGUCUUACCAAGGUGGUCCUACCUGUGUGAGGCAAAGGCAUAUGAUUUCAUUGGGUUGUUUCUGUAGAGAGGCUAACAACAGAAAUAAUGAUGACAACAAGACCAGCAACAGAAAAAAGAAAAAAAAAAAAAAAAACUAACUGAUUUUGGAACUCGAGUAUAUAUCCAACUGACAGAAUAAAACCGAAAUUAGAAUUCAUGGAGAAAUUGUUUUGCUUUUCUAUCAAUAAAAGAGUUUUCUUGUUAAUUGGCUUUUUGGACACUAUUUCCUCAUUAAUUUAUAACAUAGCAGAAUUAUAAAAUUAUUCACUCUGUUAACCUCAGAUGCUCAAACUAUUUUUUAAUUAAAAAUUCCAUCACUCAUCUUAUCUUCUUCACAAACCAACUGCAUGUGAGAAAUGGGCAGUGUAUACAUUUUAGAUAACCUGAUAGACUGAGUCAAGUACAAUAAUUCAUCAAUGCUUUUAAGCAGAUGCUCAGGUUCUUUAGGGCAUGUGCUUAGUCUCUCAGGUUUCCUCUUUCUGCCUGUACUUCUCUAAUAUAAAUCAGAUAUGUGGGAAAAGAUUAUGGUUAACAUGAUUUUAUGGCAGUCGGGGGAAAGGGAGCCUCAGAUUCAUAUAAAUCCUAUGGCUCUUAGCUGAACACUGCUGAAAGCAGCUGAUUGGGUCUGUCCUCUACUCUGAGGUACUACUGCCUUAUCCAGCUUUUGUGCUGACAGUCACCAAAGCAGUUUCAGACCCCAGAGUUUUGUCCCCAGGCUCAAAGUCAUCAUCCAUGGGAAUCUAUGCAUCCUGCCCCUGCUAUCCCUAGGAUCAGCAAUGCUCUCACACUUUGUCCCCUUCUUGUAAUAGGAACUUCUGGGUGUCCUGCAUGUUAUGGAGCUACUAUUGAAAGACAUGAGUUCUAGCUCAGGAUACCUAUCCACCUCUCACUGCCACCCCAGCUCUGCUAGUUUCGCUUCAUGUCAGAUGGCGUCAUGAAGAAGGAUUUCUUCUGAAGUCUUAUAUCAACACUCUGAUACCUUCUGGGGAAGGGGUUGACAUUUGGCCUUAAUCAUUGGGCUCCUUCAAAGCUGUUUAGAGGUUUAUGAAGUACCACUCCUCUUCUUUUUGACUCAUAACUGCAUGUGGAAAAAAAAUGAAGGUCUUAGCAGAUGCCUACAUCACUUUUCUGUCUCACUUUUUUUUUUUUUUCAAAA